AUGGGAACCAAGAAAUUCACCGCUCGUGAAGUGCUAGACGCUUUCUACAAGGCAGAGCGAGAGUACAUGCAGGCUACACCAGAGCAGCGUGACUAUGCCAGCAUCGCAGCUACUCUAGCUCCAAAUGUUCGUAUGGAGCAGACAUCCGCCCUGCCAUACGCCGGUGUCUACAUCGGGCCAGACGGCAUGCAAGACUGGACGCGCCGCAUGGCCGAUUACUUCGAGGUUGUGGACGUGCAAAACCCGGAGAUCUUUGAGUGCGCUGGGUCCGAAAAGAUCGUCGUCUUGUCGAAUGUCCACUUUAAGGUCCGCAAGACUGGCAAGGAGAUGGAUUUCCCUUUCUGUCAGGCUAUCACUGUCGACCUCGAGCGUGGCGUCAUUGUCGAAUUGAGGCCUUUUUACUGGGACGUGGCGGAGGUGAAUAAAUCUCUGGGAUAUUCUCCAUGA